GUUGUGUAAAAAACAUGCUCUGACAUUUUUCAACUUAUCUCAAAAACGAAACAAUAUUUUUUAAGUCUUAAAAAUUACUUUUAAAGCUAAGAUCUUAAAGAUUAUGUUGUAGGAGUUACAAAUUUUUCCUUGCAUUUUCCUAGAUUAUGCAGGGAAUCAAAAACUGGGUACGAAAUUGGGAAAAUUAGACGUUUUUUUUCGAAAUCUUUCCAGUGUUAUAAUCGCUCCAGAAAGUCGAAAAAAAAUUCUAGGUAUAUAUUCAGAAGCAGAAUUUUAUCAGCUUUCAGGUGAUCUAAGUUUCAAGUCUCUAGCUUUUCUCAAACUUAAAAUAUCUUAAUUUAGGUGCGACAUCAACAUUUCAUUCCGCGCACGUCAAUCGUACCGACAAUUUCCGACGGUAGUGUAUAUACGUUUAUUUCGAAAAAAAGGAUCUGCUACGAUUUUCGGCCUUGAAAAUUUGGAAUCCUAGGACAAUUUCCAACAAAUCUGCGUUAACCGAAUGUUGCUAUAUUUUCGAAAAACCUAUUCGAGAUUAAAGCCAAGUGUGGGCACGAUCUUGUACAAGAUUGUGUACACGAUCCUGUACAAGUUUUUUCAAUCGAGAAUUAAUGCUGAUCACUUGCGUAAUUAUUUCGUACAGUUUUCCCACUUAUCCAGUCUAAUCUCUCCGAAUUUGAUACGAAAUCAAUCCGACUUUUUUACCAGGGCAGUGAGAGCACGCGUGCCGGUCUGACUCUGUGAGCGCAUUUUGCUAUCUGUGGGUAGAAUUGUAUUUAGACGAUGGAAAAAAAUCAUGUAAAUACCUUCAUGUUUCGAAACGUUACAUUGUUACCUUCUUUAAUUUUAUUUAAAAAGUCACUAAACAUGAAAUAACACAAAGCAAGUAUUAUUUAAUCUUCAAACACAAAGGUUUUUUUUAAUAUAUAAAAACACAAUGUUUAAAUAAUUUUUUAAAUAUAAGAUACAUUAUAUUUGUACAUAUUUUUAUUGCAAUUUUUUUUAGUGAAAUUCUAUUGCAGCUUUGACAAAAAUAAAUUUGAAAGUUAAAACGAAUUAUAUCUACAAUAUUUUUAUUUUUCAGUAAUAUAUAAUUUUUAAAUUAACACAACAGUGUCUUGUAAACCCCUCCCCUAUUAAGCAUUACGUAUUAUAUGGAUGACUCCUUUGUUACCUGAGUUGUUAAAAGAACAAUGUGACGACGAAAUCACUUCAGUAUAUUUCAUGGAAAGCUCAAAGUUGCUUCAUAUUCAAUAAUGUUAUCGUUUUUUAAAAAAUUUAUUUACUAUUUAAUCGUAUUUGAAAUUUCAAGCUUAAAAAUUGUUCAGUCUAAAGAAGAUGCACUAGACUUAACGGCCUUGAAAAAUUUAGUCGACUAUCUUCAAAUUCCAUCUGUUCAUCCAAAUGUGAACUACGACGAUUGUGUAAGUUUUCUGAAAAGACAAGCUCAAUCUCUUAACCUAACUGCGAAUGUUUUUAAAUUGCAUCCCAUAAAACCAAUUGUAAUUAUUACAUGGGAAGGCAAAAAACCGGACAAACCUUCUAUUUUAAUCAAUGGACAUAUGGAUGUUGUUCCUGUAAAUGCCAAAGAAUGGAAAUAUCCACCAUUUGAAGCCAAAAUAGAUAAAAAUGGCAAUAUUUAUGCUCGUGGAGCGCAAGACAUGAAGAGUAAUACUAUACAAUAUAUAGAAGCAAUUCGCCGAUUAAAAUUAAAAGGAAUUCGACUAGAGAGAACGAUUCAUUUGUCUUUGAUGCCGGACGAGGAAACUGGAGGAGAGUUAGGCAUGAAAAGUUUUGUGGAAUCAAAACACUUUAAAGAUCUAAAUAUUGGUUUUGCCUUAGAUGAAGGAUUUCCUGCAUCUGAAAAUAAAUAUCAUGUAACCUAUGGUGAGAGGACACUAUUUGAAAUUUGGAUUCAUUGCCCUGGUAAAUCUGGUCAUGGUUCGAAUUUGUCUCCUAAUACUGCUGGUGAGAAAUUACAAAUCGUAAUUGAUCGUUUUCUCGAAUUUCGAAAAACAGAAAAGAAAAAAUUCGAUGACUCCGGGCGUAUGGACAAUGUUACUUCCAUAAAUCUAACAAUGCUCAAGGGUGGCGUACAAGUAAAUGUAGUUCCCGAUAUGUUGUCAGUGGCAUUUGAUAUUCGUGUCUCACCUUUUGUUAAUUUUACGCAAUUCAUUGGAAUGAUUGAAGGUUGGUUAAGGGAAGCUGGCAGUGGAGUUAAUUAUACUGUUAUUGACAAAGGGACGCAAAUUGAAGUUACAAAACUAGACUCAAGUAAUAUUUAUUGGCUCGCCUUUAAACAAGCUUGCGAUGAGAACUCUGUGAAAAUAGAAACACUAAUUAUGCCAGCAGCAACAGAUUCACGCUAUCUACGUGCUCUUGGCAUACCAGCUUUAGGAUUUACACCAUUAAGCAAUACUACAGUAACAGCUCACGCUCAUGAUGAAUAUAUCAAUAAGAAUGAAUUUUUUAAGGGAAUUAAAAUACUUGAACAAAUUUUAUUAAAAGUUGCGAAUGUUUAAUUGUUCCUGUGAUUCGUUAGAAUAGAAAAAUUAAUAUUUUCUCUAUAAAUUAUUUUUAUAGUCUAUAAAAAUUAAAAUUAUAAUAAGUUUACUCAGGUAUGAACCUUGUAAACGCCAAUACAAUCAUAAAAUUAAGUGGUUCUUCGUCGAUCGUAAUACUAAAUUUAUAUGGGCAUGUUUUUUUUUUGGUUUUACUAUUUGUAAUAAACGAAACUUGAUAUUGCUAAAUUUAAGAAAUUAAGUGAGAUGUGAAUUAGUUGUAAAAACCUUUAAACUGUUAUAUAUUUUUAAAAAUAAAUAAAAAUUCAGUUAAUGUUUCAAA